AGGCCCCGCCCCCUACGGGAUCCCAGACGGAGGAUCGAGAAACGCAGCGCGUUUGUGAAGUGGCCGCUAUGAGCGGCACGCUCUAUCUACUGCUCGCUGUCUCGCCACCGCCAUACUUCACCACUCAGGUCACCGAAGCUCAACUCUGAACUCACCGCCCCAGAUGUGACCUCACCACUACCAGCAGAGGGCCGCGCCUGAUUGGCCGCCCGUCGCCAUGGUGACCCGCAAGCUGCUCUCCCAUUGGCCGAGGCGCCUCGUGCCUGGCGCCUGCCUCGCGGUAGCAGCUCUGCUCUGGCUGCUGCACACGCUGGGGUGUGGCCUAAACCACGCCGAGGAGUCUGCCCCCCGUGUCUCGGAGGCGGUGGUGGGGCUCAGGCGAGAGGCAGGCCUGGGGCAGCACCAGGCCGAGCUGGUGGAGCAGGCGGCACAGCACCGGGGCCAGCUGCAGGUGCUACGCAAACAGCUCCAGCAGCUCAAGUCCGAGCUCCACCACCGCACGGAACAGCUGAAGACCCUGCAGGGUGCUGUGGUGGGCGGGGCCUCCGCCGUGUUGGGCGGGGCCUCUGCCGUGGUGGGCGGGGCCUCCGCCGUGGUGGGCGGGGCCUCCGUGGUGGGGGGGGAGGCGGCCCAAGCCGCUCCCCCCGCUCCCGUGGAUGCCUCGGGCCCGGGCGGCCAGGCGAGCCUGCAGGCUUUCCUGACGUCGCAGGCCGAGCGCGCGGAGGUUCUGUGGGGGGGGCGCUACUCCAGCGAGUACGCGGUCAUCCCCUACGACAGCUUUACUGCACACAAGGUGUACCAGCUGGAGACGGGGCUGACGCGCCACCCUGAGGAGCGGCCUCUCCGUCGCGACCGCCGCGAGGAGCUCGUGCAAGCCGUAGACGCCGCCAUCGUCGCCCUCAACGGCGGGGAGCGGGCGGGGGGUGACGGAUACUCACUCGCCCACUUCGCUGAGGGGCUGUUCCGCAGCGAGCGCGACAAGGGCACCGAGUAUCGACUCGCCUUCCGCCGCCCCGCGGAGACCGGCGGCUCCGACGACUCGGCCGGGGUUGGCGGAUCGCCGCUGCGCGUGGUCACGCUGUUCCGCCCGCUGGCACCGCCCGUGGUGGUGGCCGUGGAAGACGCUGGCGACGUUGGCGGCGGUGGUGGCGGUGGUGGCGGUGGUGGUGGCGGCGGUGGUGGCGGUGGUGGCGGUGGUGGUGGCGGCGGUGGUGGCGGUGGUGGCGGGUAUCUCCCGCCGCUCCACGUGGUGGUGCCGUUGGCACGGCGCACCAACGCGUUCCGCGCUUUCAUGCAAAACUUUAGACAGGUAGUUGCGAGCCAGCGUGGCCCGGUGCAUCUGACCGUCGUUUACUUUGGAUCUCCGGGACUCCGCGAGGUGGAAGACAUCCUGAGGAGCACCCAGCUGGAGGGCUUCCCCAACGUCUCCAUGGUGCCGCUGGCCGGGGAGUUCUCCCGCGGGGUUGGGCUCGACGCGGGGGCCCGGGCGUGGCCGGGUGGGGGUGGGGGGAGGGGCGGCGAGGGGGCGUGGCCUGCUGGGGGAAAGGGGGCGUGGCCUACCGGGGGGGAGGUGCUGCUCUUCUUCUGUGAUGUGGACGUCGUCUUCACGGCGGAGUUCCUCACUUCCUGUCGCACGCACGCACGGCCUGGCAGCAGGGUCUACUACCCGGUGGUGUUCAGCCUCUACAACCCGGCCAUCGUCUACGCUCACCACGACAGCAUGCCGCCCCUCACGCAACAGCUGGUGAUCAAGAAGGAGACCGGCUUCUGGAGAGACUUUGGCUUCGGCAUGACCUGCCAGUACCUCUCAGACUACCUCGCUGUUGGCGGUUUCGACCCGGACAUCCGUGGCUGGGGUGGGGAGGACGUGGCUCUCUACCGCAAGCACCUCCAGCGGGGCGCGGCGGCGGCGGCGGGCACAGCGACGGGGGCAGCUGCAGGGGCAGCAGCAGGGGCAGGAGGAGUGGGGGCAGUUGGAGUGGCAGUUGGAGUGGCAGUUGGAGGAGUGGCAGUUGGAAGGGCGGUUGGAGGAGUGGCAGUUGGAGGGGCAGUUGGGGUAGGGGCGGUUGGAGGGGCGGUUGGAGCAGCAGCAGCAGCAGCAGGAGGAGGAGGAGGAGGCUUUGUGGUGGUUCGCGCUCCGGCCCGCGGCCUCUUCCACCUGCACCACGCCAAGCGGUGCCCGCGGGGCCUGGCGGGGGCUCAGCGCCGCGCCUGCCUCCAGACUCGCGCCCUCACCGAGGCCUCGCACGCCCAGCUCGGGGGGCUCGUGCUGGCGGGGGGGGGAGGCGGCCCAGGAAGUGAUCGCCGGCCGGAGCCGGGACCUGGAAACCGGAUCCGGAACUGA